AUGGCACAGAACGGGACUAUAGAAAAUGGGAUGUCUCAAAAUGAAGCUCCACCGCUCCCCCAACCCGUUAAGGUGCAGGAGAUCAAAUAUACGAAGAUCUUCAUCAACAAUGAAUGGCAUACCUCGGUAAAAGCGAAGAAGUUUUCAACGUUUAACCCUGCAACAGGUGUAAAAAUCUGUGAAGUCGAGGAAGCAGACAAAGCAGAUGUGGACAAGGCGGUGGAGGCAGCGAAAGCAGCCGGUAAGAGGGGCUCCCCGUGGCGGCGAAUGGACGUGUCAAGUCGUGGGCGAUUACUGCACAAACUGGCCGAUCUUUUGGAAAGGGACAGAAGCUUACUCGCUACGAUUGAGUCAAUGGACACUGGCAAGCCCUUCCUGCAGUCUUUCUUUGUGGAUCUGGAUGGCUGCAUUAAAACCCUCAGAUACUAUGCUGGAUGGGCAGAUAAGAUCCAUGGAAAAACUAUGCCAGUAGAUGAUAAUUUCAUGUGUUUGACUAAACAUGAACCCAUUGGAGUGUGUGGAGCAAUAAUUCCAUGGAACUUCCCUUUGCUAAUGUUCAUGUGGAAGAUAGCACCAGCUUUGUGCUGUGGGAACACAGUGGUCAUUAAACCAGCUGAGCAGACUCCUCUAACAGCCCUGUAUGUUGGAGCGCUCGUCAAGGAGGCUGGCUUUCCACCUGGAGUCGUGAAUAUCUUACCUGGUUUUGGGCCCACAGCAGGAGCAGCCAUAGCCAGCCACAUGGGCAUUGACAAAGUGGCAUUCACUGGUUCUACAGAAGUUGGACAGUUGAUCAAAGAAGCUGCGGCCAAGAGCAACCUGAAAAGAGUGACUCUGGAGCUGGGAGGGAAGAACCCCUGCAUUGUGUUUGCAGAUGCAGACCUGCAGUUGGCAGUGGAGGAGGUUCAGAAAGGAGCAUUCUUUAACCAGGGUCAGUGCUGCACUGCCGCAUCCCGCGUGUUUGUGGAGGAGCCAAUCUAUGAUGAAUUUGUGCGGCUUAGCGUGGAAAGCACCAAGAAAAUAGUGAUCGGAGACCCGAUGGACCCACGCACAUCACACGGAGCACAGAUUGACCAGCAGCAGUUUGAGAAGAUUCUGGAGCUGGUAGAGAGUGGGAAGAGAGAGGGGGCCAAGCUGGAAUGUGGAGGCAGUGCUGUGAAAGAAAAGGGUCUGUUCAUUCAGCCUACUGUCUUCUCAGAGGUUCAAGAUCACAUGCGCAUUGCCAAGGAAGAGAUUUUUGGACCGGUUCUGUGCAUAAUGAAGUUUAAGAGCGUGGAGGAAGUGAUUGACAGAGCCAACGGCACACAGUAUGGUCUCACAGCUGCUGUUUUCACACGCAGCGUCAGCCGUGCUCUCACUAUGUCUGAUGCUCUGGAGGCUGGCACUGUCUGGGUAAAUUGCUAUAAUGCCCUGCAUGCACAAGCUCCAUUUGGAGGCUACAAGAUGUCAGGGAAUGGACGAGAGCUUGGUGAAUACGCGCUGGCAGAAUAUUCUGAGGUGAAAGCUGUUACCAUUAAACUCACAGAGCAGCAGUGA